CCCAGGUGCUAGUUGCUACUGCUUUUUGACGAUUUGACCAACACCAACACUUUCUCUCUCUUCUCGCGACAUCCAAACUCUCUCUCUCUCUCUAUAUCUCUCUCCCUCCCCAACCCCGCGCGACCUCCGAUUCCACGAAUGGCGAUGGUGGGGAAGAAUCCGAGCUCGGAUUCUCCCAUUUCCUGUCGCAUCGUCCUCGCCUUCCUCGAUUUCCUCGGCUCCGUUGAACUAGCUCCAGGAGUAGAUUCUGAAGCCCUUGAGGUUGCAAGAGAUUGUUUGGAAUCUGCUUUUAGGCUCAACCAAGUAACCACCGGCGAAAGAAUCCGGCCUGGUCUACUGUUGGACUUAUUCACUUCUUGGGAAGCUAGUGAACAACAACGGCUGAGAUCAAAUCUAGUUUCUGAUGGAAUACAGAACACAGCAUCAUGUAGUAUGCCAUCCCACAAUAGUGAAAAUUCAGAAAUUUUGGGGACAUCAAAUAAUGAAGGUUCAGCUGACGACUGUCAUGACUUAGGUAUGCCAAGAGAUGAACUAUUUGGCAGGUUCUAUGCUGCACUUGACAAAAUUAAUUUCUUUAGUACUUCAUCGGUUGGCAUUGAAGAUCCUGCUCAAAUAGCAAAAGCAACCCAGCUCUUCGAUGAAGCAUUCUCAGAGCUGGAGAACUCUCAAGAGAAGAAAAUAGACUUGGUUCACCUUGCUGAGAUCUUUAAGUCAAAAGGUAACCAAUCGAUGCAGUUGAAGCUAUAUAUGCAAGCUAUCGAACUUUAUAACUACGCCAUAGCUCUCUGUGACAAAAAUGCUGUUUACUACUGUAACAGGGCUGCUGCUUACACCCUUGUUCAGAGAUAUACUGAAGCUAUUGAAGAUUGCUUAAAGUCAAUUGAAAUCGAUCAGAAUUACAGUAAAGCAUAUAGCCGUCUUGGAUCUGCUUAUUUUGCUCAAGGGAAUUAUCAUGAUGCUCUGUUUAAGGGCUACCUACGAGCAUGUCAGUUGGAUCCUAGCAACAGAACAAUUCGAGAAAACAUUAAGGUCACUGAAAGGAAGCUAAUGGAACAAGCGCGGGCAGGAGAUCAGAACAUACGGUCACCCCAUGGCCAAGAAUCAACCAGUCAAUCUGCAAGACCGACAAAUAGCACCAGCCCCUUUGCAUCCUUCCCUAUCGGAUCUCCCCCUUCUCCGGAAUUCGUUGCUAAUAUUAUUAGAGGGAUGUCUUCUACCCACAGUCAAGAACCUGCUGCGCAAUCUUCCGAGCCCCCUAACACCACCAACUCAUUCACAUCUUUCCCCACAAACCUUUCCAUUCCAAUAGACUUGUCAAACAUCUUCGGCCAUAUGAUGUCAAACCAUAACACAGAAUCUACACAUCCUUCGACUUCAGCAGACAACAAUGAGAGAUCGCCAAAUGUGAACGAAGCGGAAUCCACUGAACCGGGUGUACCUGUGGACGCUAAUGUUAACUUGAACUUUGGGGAAUCACCUCAGCAGGUCUCAGAUGUGUUGAUGUCGGUGAUGCAGAUGUUUUCAUCGCAGAUGGGAUCGCAGGACGGGACGCCUCCAGGUUCAGAUCCACACACGAGAAGCUAAUAUCGAGAAAAGUUAAAUAUAACUCUCCGUGCUUUUGUUUCUUGUUCCCAUGUGUAUCUCUUCUUUAGUGGUAGGCUUAGUUGAAGUUCCGUUUGUUAAACCAUCAUUGCAAUAUAGAUACAGAAACCUAAUAAUGCUUGUAGUGCAAAAAAAAAAAAAAGGGGGUGAAAAAAUAGUGAAACUGUGAACCAUAGUAGCCGCCUUUUUGGGAAUGAAAGCAGCUGGAGAUGGGGAAAAGGAAAAUGUUUUUGAAUGGUUGUGUGGGGAUGUAUGUAGAUGUUCUCUUUUGUAUGUUUACAUAUUUUGUAUGAGUUCUAAGCCCCUGUGAAAGGGGGAAUUGGAUGCGGAAAAAGCUGUGAUGCCUAUGUUACUGUGCAAAUCAUUUAAUUUCGAUGGAAAUUUUUAUUUUGCAAGAAAA